AUGGUUGCGAAAAUCGGGCUCUCCUAUGAAGUACAUUCUCAGAAGAUCUAUUUGCGAAAAGACCUUUGGCAGUUGAUUCUGUACUUUUUUGGUUUACUGCAAGACUUGCUGUCCUGCAGUGACAAUUUUUCUUCGGACGAGCUUGAAACAGUUCUGUCAUUCGACUUUUCCACGUUGCUGAAGAAAGCGCGGCAUUUGGACGACUUGCUGCCUGAAAACGUUGAUGACUUUUUAUCCGUUUUCGGUCUAAUUUUCGAACGAUACUUUCGUUCUUUGGACAUGGAGAAUGUGUCCGCUUUGGUUAGCACUUCGAUGACCACUAGAAAAUCAUGCAGCUUGAAAGUACCGAAGAUGGUGACAGAAACAGUGCAGUACUUGACCACAUUUUAUCCAUCGUCUGGCCAUUUCGGAGCUGUUUACUACAUGUUUCUCAUGUAUUCUUAUAGAUUUCGAGCGCUCGUUCCUGAAAUUCCGUCAAUCGAGGCGCUCAUGAGACAGUUUCUUGAAUCCAAGAUUAGUACCUAUGAACUGUGUGAGCUGAUGUCCAAACUCUGUCACAACGAAGAACUGAUGCACGAGAUUUUCUUUGCCAGUAUGGCUGGCGAACUGAAGUUUCUCCAUACAUGGCUGCGGUGUUGUUUAUCGAUCGAAGGUUUCAGCAGUGACGUGGUUACUAUUUCAUAUCAGCUGAGGAUGUUGCAGUCGCUGCAACUAUAUCUUAGUGAUCGGUUUACGAUUACUAGUGAUUCGACCUCAAAAGAUAUACUACUCUCGUUUUUCUCGACAGUGGGCUCUCUUCGAUUCAACGACUUGACCGAGAAAUGCCAUUUUACAGCUAUUUUUCUAACGUGGGUCACUGCACCAGUCGAGGCCGCUAUUUCUGACCUUUCCAAGCCGCAGUCGAAUCCUCGCCUAAGACAUAUUUUAGAGUCUUUAAGCAUGCUGGUAGAGCAUUGUGCCCUUCUUAUUCACCAGAAAAACGAUCCAAACUCGUUAUUGAAGAAGAUAAUCGAUAAAACAGCUCUCAGUCCUCAGUGGACAAAGGAGAGUAAUGAACCAGUAGACCACUCUGCCUAUCAAACUGCAGUGAUAUCCACCGUUCGUGGUCUGCUAAAGUUCACCGAUCCAAACGAUCGUUUCGUAAUCAACACCCUAUGUGAAAUUUUUCGACUGCAGAUGUGGUCUUUUCUGCUGACAGCACACAUCCAUCUGAGCAUUCGCAUUUCUACCGAGUUCAGCUGUUGUUCGUGUCUCUUCAGGGUAGCCAAACAUUCCGCUUCGUACAAAAGCACCGGUUUUACUAUCGUUCUGUACACUUCAACUUUCAGUUUGAUGAGUCUUCUUGUCGCUCACUACUCCGCUCACUUCUUAGUCUCUCCUUUUGUGAUUGCCGUCGUCGCAAGAACUGGUUCCAUUGUUCAUUUUUCACAGCCAUCGGGGUUUGCUGCUACUCUUCGGCUCUGGGGAACGCCCCAGAAUUCUUAUUUGGCUUUGGCGUUGGUUUUUACCGCCUGCUGCAUGCUUGACGCCAAUCCGUCUUUCUCGACCGAGCUUGGAACCGGCUACAGCUCGUUGUGUUGCGUGCUGACCUGGUGGUCGACGUCUGUCGUGUUUCGACUCUCACACAAGAAGCUCACUGGCUGGAGUAAAUCGCGUAUGCUCAACCAGAUUGUCUAUCGGAACCAGCCUUUUCUCUUGGUCAUUUUUGCUCGGAAGAGAAUGGUCAUUCCUCAUACGUCGAAGCCAAAGUUGUUCUACGCAGACACGUUUACGGGGAGCGCUUGCUCAUAUCUGGUGCGCGUUCGCUACCAGAUCGUCAGGAACUCAAUUUGUCUUCUGAUUCGCCACUACGGUUCACAGCAGACGGCGGAUCCGGUGCUGCGUCAUUCGGUGUUGUUUCUGCGCGAUCUAACAGAGAGAACCAAAUCCAUCGAAAUCCUAAGCGAAGAAGCGAAUCUCGUCUUGCCACUGCUGUUCAUCAGUUGGAUCAAUUCAAAAGUCGGCUCGACCGCUGAAAUCACCGAGCUCAUCCAUCUGUAUUGCAGCAGAAUCAUUCUUUCCGAACAGUGGCAGCCAAUUCUAGAGCAGUCGAUUCGGCCUCUACUGGCCGAUUAUGUUCAUUCGCGUAGGUCCAAUGUUCGACGUCUUUUGGAAAUGCUGACUGCUUCGCACCGGACUUUGCAGAGUACGAUUGGUCAGUUGCUUAGAGAACGUUUAUUGCAACUUGGAAACGCGAAAGACGAUCUAAGUUUCGCCGUCAACUUCAAUCUACUAUGGUUCGGUUCACUGUCAGACACGGUGGCUGGACAGAGCGUCGACCGGCCGUCGGCCGUCGACCGUCCAAUGACUGAUUCCGCCGACCCAGACGAGCGAGGUGACUUUCGGCCAGCCGGCCGGCUGCUGGGCUAG